UUCGAAAGCAAAGAAAACAUUGGAUUUAUGAAAAAUAUGCUAGGAAUUGAGUAUGUGGCGAGUGAGAAGUUCGUCAGCGAUUUACCGGUAAACGAAGUGUCCCAGCAACGCGCAUCGAAGACACGGCGUGAAUCCGUGACUCCGAAAAUUGUGGUGUGCCCACCCAUGGAAGAAAUGUCGGAGCCAAUAUCUCUGCCUCGCGGUGCCAGGAUACUGAAAGCGCUAGGCAGAAGGUUAUCACGGCGUAGCACCGACGCUGACUCCAUGGGCAGCUCCAGCAGCUGCGAUAGCGACCAAGCCCGUUCGGAUGACCCUUCGUCCUGCUCCGCUAGUGAAUCCGGCAGCGAUGGCUCUGAGCGCCAUCGCCGACACCGCUCAACAGUAUCUCUGCGUCGUGUUUUCCAAAGUUUGAGCUUGUCAUCGCGCUCCCAAUCGUGCUCUCCUUCUGACCGUCAGCGACAACCCAAGAAGCAACAACAACCUAAACGCAUUCUCCGGCCUCCAGUGACUUAUACUUACGUGCGCGGACUCUCCGGGCUUCCAACACAGAGAGUGCCCAGACAUAUGGUUUGCUGCUCUACUAUGGGUCUACAUCGAUAAAAAAACGACUAAGAUCCGAAGAACGCAGCACCUUUGAGCCUAAAGGACAACAUCAAGACUGGUUAAGAUAAACAAGUAGUGUAAAGUGCGCUAGCGAGACGAGUUCUCAUCAUAUCAGCAGGAAACUGAAGAUUUGAGAGCCAAUUCGAAACGUUGUCUUCACGGAGGACCAAUACGGAAGUGAUGGCGCCGCCCGGGGCCUCUUGUUCCGGAACGUGCCUCUUGCGGCUCGCGCUGCAAAAGUUGAGCUGUGACUUGUUUAGUUCUAUAUAAGGGACAAUAUAUAAGACUGUAAACCGAUUUGAAUUAAGUGCUCAGGACGUGUAAUUCCUACUAAUAGAAACCACGCAUUAUUGUACUGGAUUAUUCUCAUUAUCUUAAAUCAAAUUGCACUUUAGUGUAUCAAUUUCACACUCAUUUUAAUAUCACUUUGAUAUAUUUAAUAUACGACUACUUGUCUAAUUACGAAUGUAAUUAUAAUAUAACACAUUAAAUGAUUACGUUGUUGGAUUGGUCAAAUUAAGACGAUUUAACAUAUAUAGUUAUAACAUGAAGUUUCCUGUUAUUCAAGCAUAGUGCCUUUCCACAUUUUUGAAUAAGUAGAUUUAGUGAUAUACUUGUAUACUUACUAAUAUGAUGAAAAAUUAUGUACCUUAACUGAAAUAAUUACUUGUGCUACUGUAGUAUAAAGGUAUAAUCGAUCAUCACUUGCCCACGUCGAUUUUUGUGUAGUAAGUUAUCAAGAAUUAUUGUUCAGUAAAAUUAAGCAGGUUGAUAUACUAAAAAUGUAUACCGCGUAGAUACUCUAAAUAUUGAAUAUAUAGGUAUAAGUCAUUUUUAUUAUAGUAAAGUAAGACAAUUUUCGUAUCAAAUAAAAACAUGAACCAUAAAAAAACUCAAUUAUUUCAAUAUUCUUUUCCUACCCUACUUAGAAUUAUCACUUCUAUUAAUUAUUUAUGAAAUUGUCGACUAAGAAAAAUAUAAUUACACAAAUGCAAAUACAUUAUAGUGAUUAGUGAUGGUCUAAUAUUAUCUUGGAAAUGAAACAAAUUUUU